CAUAAUGAACAAAAUAAAUAAAAAUAAAUAAAUACUACUGCUACAAACAUGUAAGCAUCAAUCAAUCAAGACGAAAUAUAAACCGAGAGAGAGUGGAAUAGAAUAGGCGUUGGUGUGUGUAUGGUUCUGAAUCUCCAUUCCUUUUUAUCUUCACUAAUCCAUUCCCAUCUCUCAAUUCCCUCCCCUUCUCCACACGAUUCCCGUCUCUCUCUCCUCACGCUUUCUCUCUCUACACUCCUGUAUUCAAAACCACACGCAUUUCUAAUUAUUCACGCAUGUAAUUAAAAACACACACUACUAGGUUUAUUACUUUCCACGAUUGACUCGCCAUGUCUGUGCAGUCAAUACCGCACCUACUCUACUCUAAUUCCGUGUUUUCGAGCAACAGAGACUGUGUGUUCGUUGAUUUUAUAGGCCUGUCUGCUAAAUCAAGACGCCGUGUUAGAGCUGCUUCUGGUGUUUCAGCUGUUAGUAAGUUUAAGCGCGCGAAUUUCUCGCCGAUUAAAGCUGUUAUUGAUCUCGAAAGACUCGGAAAUGCGUCAACGCAGUCGGAGAAUCCCGAGCGCAAGGCUGCCAACUUGGAAGAUAUAUUGUCGGAAAGAGGGGCAUGCGGAGUUGGAUUUAUUGCUAAUUUGGAGAAUAAAGCAUCCAAUAGUAUAAUUAAGGAUGCUCUUACUGCCCUUGGCUGCAUGGAACACCGUGGAGGUUGUGGAGCUGAUAAUGACUCUGGUGAUGGUUCCGGAGUCAUGAGUUCCAUUCCUUGGGGACUUUUUAAUAACUGGGCUGAAACACAAGGUCUUGCUCCUUUCGAUAAGUUGCACACAGGUGUUGGAAUGGUUUUUCUACCCAGAGACGCUGCCCAAUGUGAAACUGCCAAAACAGCUAUAAAUAAUAUCUUUAAACAAGAGGGUCUUGAAGUGAUUGGAUGGAGGCCGGUACCUGUAGAUACUGCUGUAGUUGGUUAUUAUGCAAGAGAAACCAUGCCAAACAUACAACAAGUUUUCGCCAGAAUUAUUAAUGAAGAAAAUGUAGAUGAUAUUGAAAGAGAACUGUAUAUUUGCCGAAAAUUAAUUGAAAGAGUGGCAAACUCAGAAGCUUGGGGAAAUGAGUUGUAUUUCUGCUCGUUGUCCAACCAGACUAUAGUUUACAAGGGGAUGUUGCGCUCAGAGGUUCUUGGAAGAUUUUACUAUGAUCUCCAGAAUGAUCUCUAUGAGACCCCUUUUGCCAUUUAUCAUCGGAGGUACAGCACAAAUACUAGUCCUAGAUGGCCACUUGCUCAACCAAUGAGGUUACUUGGUCAUAAUGGGGAGAUCAACACCAUACAGGGAAAUUUGAACUGGAUGCAAUCACGGGAAGCCUCAUUGAAAGCGUCUGUUUGGCGUGGUCGUGAAAAUGAAAUUCGUCCUUUUGGCAAUCCAAAAGGAUCGGACUCUGCAAAUCUUGAUAGCACAGCAGAGUUGUUGCUUAGAAGUGGCCGCACUUCUGAGGAAGCUUUGAUGAUCCUGGUUCCAGAGGCAUACAAGAAUCAUCCAACUUUGACAAUAAAAUAUCCUGAGGUUGCUGAUUUUUAUGAUUAUUACAAAGGUCAAAUGGAGGCUUGGGAUGGACCUGCCUUACUCUUGUUUAGUGAUGGAAAAACAGUAGGCGCCUGUCUUGAUCGGAAUGGACUUCGUCCUGCGAGAUAUUGGCGGACAAUAGACAAUGUCGUUUAUGUUGCAUCUGAGGUUGGUGUUGUCCCCAUGGAUGAGUCGAAAGUUAUAAUGAAAGGGCGGCUAGGUCCAGGAAUGAUGAUAACAGCUGAUUUAACAAGUGGUCAGGUUUAUGAGAAUACGGAGGUUAAGAAACGUGUUGCAUCAUCCCUUCCCUAUGGGAAGUGGUUGACUGAAAAUAUGCGAUCCCUGGAGGCUAGAAAGUUUCUAUCGACAAGCACUAUGGAGAGUGAAACAAUACUAAGACGGCAACAAGCACAUGGGUACUCCAGUGAAGACGUCCAAAUGGUUAUUGAAUCUAUGGCUUCACAAGGGAAGGAGCCUACAUUCUGCAUGGGCGAUGAUGCUCCAUUGGCAAUACUAUCGCAGAAGUCACACAUGCUUUAUGAUUAUUUCAAGCAAAGAUUUGCUCAGGUGACUAAUCCAGCUAUAGAUCCUCUUAGAGAAGGAUUGGUAAUGUCACUGGAAAUAAAUCUUGGGAAGCGUAGAAACAUAUUAGAGGUUGGACCUGAGAAUGCCUCUCAGGUGAGUUUGUCGAGCCCUGUUCUUAAUGAAGGGGAGCUGGAGUCCCUACUGGCGGAUCCCAGCUUGAAACCCCAAAUUCUACCUACCUUCUUUGACAUAAGAAAGGGUGUUGAUGGUUCAUUGGAGAAGACAUUAUAUAAGCUUUGUGAAGCAGCAGAUGAAGCUGUUAGAAAUGGUUCUCAAUUGCUAAUUCUCUCUGACAGAUCUGAUGAACUCGAACCAACUCGGCCUGCAAUUCCGAUACUUCUGGCAGUGGGUGCUGUUCAUCAGCAUCUAAUUCAGAAUGGUCUGCGGAUGUCAGCUUCAAUUGUUGUGGACACAGCUCAAUGCUUCAGUACACAUCAUUUUGCUUGUUUAAUAGGAUAUGGUGCAAGUGCUGUAUGUCCAUACCUGGCACUGGAGACAUGUCGACAGUGGCGCCUGAGCAACAAAACUGUAAAUCUGAUGCGGAAUGGGAAGAUGCCAACUGUUACAAUUGAACAGGCUCAAAAGAAUUACUGCAAGGCAGUUAAAUCUGGUCUACUAAAGAUUCUGUCGAAAAUGGGUAUCUCAUUGCUUUCAAGUUAUUGUGGGGCACAAAUAUUUGAGAUAUAUGGACUUGGAAAAGAGAUAGUUGAUCUUGCAUUUUAUGGGAGUGUCUCAAGAGCUGGUGGAUUGACGCUAGAUGAGUUAGCAAGGGAGACUUUGUCUUUUUGGGUGAAGGCAUUUUCUGAGGAUACGGCUAAACGACUUGAAAAUUUUGGGUUUAUACAAAAUAGACCAGGAGGGGAAUACCAUGGAAACAACCCUGAGAUGUCAAAGCUGCUUCACAAAGCAGUACGCCAGAAGGUGGAGAGUGCAUAUUCAGUUUACCAGCAGCAUUUGGCUAAUCGACCUGUUAAUGUUUUCCGUGAUCUUUUGGAGUUUAAAAGUGAUCGUUCCCCAAUUUCAGUUGGAAAGGUGGAAUCUGCUGCAUCGAUUGUCCAACGAUUUUGUACUGGUGGAAUGUCCCUUGGAGCAAUUUCUAGGGAAACACACGAGGCAAUUGCAAUUGCAAUGAAUAGAAUUGGUGGUAAAUCUAAUUCUGGUGAAGGAGGGGAGGAUCCUAUUCGCUGGAGCCCUCUCACUGAUGUUGUUGAUGGGUACUCACCCACACUGCCUCAUUUAAAAGGGCUACAAAAUGGGGAUAUUGCAACAAGUGCCAUCAAGCAGGUUGCCUCGGGACGAUUUGGUGUCACUCCUACAUUCUUGGUCAAUGCUGAACAAAUAGAAAUCAAAAUUGCACAAGGUGCAAAGCCUGGUGAAGGUGGGCAAUUGCCUGGGAAGAAAGUUAGUGCGUAUAUUGCAAGACUAAGGAACUCCAAACCCGGUGUUCCUUUGAUUUCUCCUCCUCCGCACCAUGACAUUUAUUCCAUCGAGGAUCUUGCUCAGUUAAUUUUUGACCUUCAUCAGGUCAAUCCUAAGGCUAAAGUCUCCGUUAAACUCGUGGCUGAAGCUGGCAUUGGAACGGUGGCUUCUGGGGUUGCGAAGGGCAAUGCUGAUGUUAUACAGAUAUCUGGGCAUGACGGGGGAACUGGUGCCAGUCCCAUAAGUUCCAUCAAGCAUGCUGGAGGUCCUUGGGAACUUGGACUUACUGAAACUCACCAGACACUAAUUGAAAACGGAUUAAGAGAAAGGGUCAUUCUUAGAGUUGAUGGCGGAUUCAAAAGCGGGGUUGAUGUUAUGAUGGCGGCUGCAAUGGGUGCUGAUGAAUAUGGAUUUGGUUCUGUUGCAAUGAUUGCUACUGGAUGUGUCAUGGCUCGCAUUUGCCACACAAAUAAUUGUCCAGUUGGUGUUGCCAGUCAGAGAGAAGAACUACGAGCACGUUUUCCUGGUGUUCCUGGUGACCUUGUCAACUACUUUUUAUAUGUGGCCGAGGAGGUGAGAGGCAUGAUGGCACAACUGGGUUAUGAGAAACUGGAUGAUAUAAUUGGACGCACAGAUUUGCUGAGACCUCGGGAUGUUUCAUUAGUGAAAACUCAGCAUCUUGAUCUCAGCUAUGUGCUUUCUAAUGUUGGAUUACCAAAGUUGAGCAGCACUGAAAUUAGGAAACAAGAUGCUCACAGUAACGGACCUGUGUUGGACGAUAUAUUACUUGCAGAUGCAGAGCUUUCAGAUGCAAUCGAGAAUGAAAAAGUUGUCAAUAAAACCGUACAUAUAUACAAUGUGGACCGUGCUGUUUGUGGGCGUAUAGCUGGUGUUGUUGCUAAGAAAUAUGGCGAUACGGGCUUCGCGGGGCAGCUCAAUAUAACAUUUUUAGGGAGCGCUGGGCAGUCCUUUUCAUGUUUCCUGAUACCAGGAAUGAACAUUCGGCUAGUAGGAGAAGCUAAUGACUAUGUGGGCAAGGGUAUGGCUGGUGGCGAAUUGGUUGUGACCCCUGUUGAAAAUACUGGUUUUAUUCCUGAGGAUGCCGCUAUAGUUGGGAAUACGUGUCUUUAUGGAGCUACAGGUGGUCAAGUAUUUGUUAGAGGCAAAGCUGGGGAGCGCUUUGCUGUGAGAAACUCUCUUGCUCAAGCAGUGGUUGAAGGUGCUGGAGAUCAUUGCUGUGAGUACAUGACUGGCGGUUGUGUUGUGGUGCUAGGGAAGGUGGGUAGAAAUGUAGCUGCUGGUAUGACUGGAGGUUUGGCUUACCUUCUUGAUGAGGAUGAUACUCUAAUCCCCAAGGUAAAUAAGGAGAUCGUAAAGAUUCAGAGAGUCGUUGCCCCUGUUGGUCAGAUGCAGCUGAAGACCCUUAUUGAAGCUCAUGUUGAAAAAACUGGAAGCAGCAAAGGGUCUUCUAUCUUGAAAGAGUGGGACAGAUAUCUGCCACUCUUUUGGCAACUUGUUCCGCCUAGUGAGGAAGACACCCCAGAGGCUUGUGCUGAAUAUGAGCAAACAAGUGCUGGACGUGUCACCGUUCAGUCCACUUAGGGCAAAGAUUGUAUAUACUCUUGGCCUAAUCUGUGUCGCAAGUUUGCACUGAUGACCGAAGCCGAACAGGACUAUGCACUGUGGAAAGUCAGCUUGCCAUAACUGUAAAUUGCAGAAUUUAGUGGUUGCUGACAGAGUCGAAGACCCUGCUCUUCAACUAAAACCAUGCAGUCAAGCACCCUUCUUGGGUACUUCAGCAGAUGUAUAGCAACACCAAAGAAGCGUAUAUGUUAUCACAGGUUUUUGGUUUCUGUGAAUUUAUUUUAGUGGUUUGGAUUUGCAAUGAUGCUCUAUCAUUAGCUAUUCUUCAUUGCUUUCCGUAAUUAUACUAAGAAAAAGAUACAGAACUAAAUUAUACUUACUCGAGCUAUAAUUGAUUUCCCCUAAUUAAAACAGUUAUUCUUUCGUCUUAAA